AUGCCUCCUCCAAGAGGAACUUUCAACCCUCUCGAGGGGCCAGCGGACUAUGACAUGACCUCGGUGGUCCAUAACGACAGCUAUCCCGGAAUUGAUCCGUCCAAGACGGAUCUCACUGGCAAGGCCGUUUUUAUCAGCGGCGCCUCUAGGGGACUCGGCCGCGCCAUGAGCAUCUCUUUCGCCAAGGCCGGUGUGUCCAUGCUAGCUCUGGGUGCUAGGUCCGAUGUCUCGGAAACCGUGAAAGCAGCACAGGAGGCAGCAGCGCAAGCUGGCAGGGCGGAGCCCAAGAUUCUGUCCCUCAAAUUCGAUGUUUCAGACCGCAAGGGCGUCGACGAGGCCGCACAGACAGUGCGGGAGCAAUUUGGCCGGCUCGACAUCCUCGUCAACAAUGCUGGUCUUCUCCUCACAGGCUUCAUCGCGGAUAGCGACCCAGAUGAUUGGAUGAGGGUCUGGAAUGUCAACUUGAUGGGACCGUACCUCCUGACAAGAGCCUUCAUCCCCUUGAUGCUGGAGCGUGGCGACAAGACAAUUGUCGCCGUCAGCAGCGUGGGCGCGCAUUGCCAAAUGCCUGGUUUAAGCGCUUACCAGAUGUCAAAACUAGCUGUUCUCCGGCUGGCAGAGUUUGUUUGCGCCGAAUAUGGGGACAAGGGCAUCUUGGCCUAUUCUGUCCACCCUGGGAACGUUCAGACAGACAUGGCCGAUGGUGUUGUAAGCCCGGGACUAGCACCAGUGUUUGUCGAAACGCCAGAACUUAGUGCAGACUCACUCGUCUACCUCACCUCGGAGAAGAGGGACUGGCUCGCUGGCCGAUACCUAAAUGUUACCUGGGAUCUCCCAGAGCUCAUGCGAAAAAAAGAUUCCAUCGUCUCGGGGGACAAGUUGAAAGUCAGACUCGUCGUCUGA